AUGAGCGACGGUACCGCCCUGCUGCUGGCUGUGCCGUACUAUCUGUUGGUCGUGCCCGCCUCCAUCGUCCUCACCAUCCUGUCGCCACUCUACUAUGCCCUGCAGUUCGUCCUGCUGCCCUUCAUCUACCUUGCGCAUUUUGUUUGCCGCGCUGUCGUCUUCCCCUUCGUCGUGGUCGCCAAGCUAGAGACACUCUGGGUAUACCUUGGCGUUGCGGGAAUUGUUGGGGGUACCACUGGUGGCAUCCUCUAUCUCAGCUUCGGCGUGCUGAAGACCGCUCUCAACCUUGACUCACGCGACGAGUUCUCCGGGACCACUGCUGCGGAGUACAGAGCUGCUCGGCGCAAGAAAAAGGCCUCCCAAGGGAACAUUGGCGCUUCUGUGUCGACAGACAGCUCGGGACGACUGAGGGAAACUGCCCUGCUCAAGAAGCGGGACCUUUUGGCCCAGUCGAUCAUGAAAGAGGAUGGCGCAGAGUAUUGA